AUGACUGUGGCGCUGGAGGAUAUACGGAGUCAAUCACAAGAGGAGACCAUUGCUAAGCCUUCUUUGGAUGCUCGUAUAGGCAGAGAUACUUCAGAUACUAGAAUUGGAAAGGAUUCUCCCUUUACCUUUGGUGAACGGUACUUAAAGGAUGAGAAUGAUGUAUUCAAUCAUAACGCAUGGGACCAUGUUGAAUGGGGCGAAGAACAAGUUGAAGAGAUGAAAAAGUUGAUUGAGAAACAAUACGAUCAUCCAGUGAAAGACUUUGAUAAGCAAAUGUACAACGCAAACCCAGCCAAAUAUUGGGAUAUCUUCUACAAGAAUAAUAGAGAAAACUUUUUCAAAGAUAGAAAGUGGUUACAAAUAGAGUUCCCUCAAUUAUAUGAGGUUACUGGUGAAGAAUAUACUGAACCUACUGUGAUUUUUGAAAUUGGAUGUGGUGCUGGGAACACCUUUUUCCCUGUUUUAGAACAGAACAAGAACCCUAAUUUAAAGAUAUUUGCAUCUGAUUAUUCCAAAGUAGCUGUGGAUUUGGUUAAAGCAAAUCCAGUUUUUACUGAAAGUCAUGCUAAGAAAAUAGCCUAUUCUUCAGUUUGGGAUUUAGCCAAUCCAGAAGGGAAUUUACCUGAAGAUAUGGAACCUAAUUCAGCGGAUUUCGUGAUUAUGAUAUUUGUUUUCAGUGCUUUACAUCCUGAUCAAUGGGCCCAUGCUAUAAAUAACUUAUCCAAGAUUUUAAAACCAGGAGGAAAGAUUCUUUUUAGAGAUUACGGAAGAUACGAUUUAGCACAAGUUAGAUUCAAAAAGAACAGAUUAUUAGAUGAUAACUUUUACAUCAGAGGUGAUGGUACUAGAGUUUAUUUUUUCACCGAGGAAGAAUUACGAACUAUUUUUACGGUGGAAGGUCCAUUUAAAGAAGAAAAAAUUGGUACAGAUAGGAGAUUGCUUGUGAACAGAAAGAAGCAAUUGAAAAUGUACCGUAAUUGGUUACAAGCUGUUUUCGAAGCCAAUUAA